AUGGAUGAAAAGCUUCCAGAUUAUUACAAGGUGCUAGGCAUCACUAGUGAUGCCGAGAUUGAUGCGAUCAAGAAAGCCUAUCGGCAGCUCGCCCUGAAGUGGCAUCCCGACAAGAACGACGGUGAUGCUGCAGCAGCGGAGAAGUUUAAGGAGCUGGCCGAAGCAUUCACUGUUCUCAGCGACGCAGAACAGCGAAAGAGCUAUGACCAGGAGCGUCUGGCUGCUGCGCGUGGUGAUUUACGCCGGCGCCAACCCAGGUCCAAAACUAUGGAGGCUGCUAUAGCCAAGACGAUGCGUGAAGCUCGAGACAAGUCAGGUCCCAAUGUGCCACCUUUUGCCACUGAAGUGCUGGACAAGCAGAAGCAUCUCUUGGACUUCUGUACCUUCGUAGUGGCGGACGCGGAGGCGGACGUGGAGGUGAAAUUAACAGUGGCCACUGUUGAGGGCGAGCAUUUCGCAGUGUACUUUGGUCAGUUGACGGGUCUGGCACAAGAUCAGCAGUUUGUCAGGCGUGAUUUGGAACUCAGGAACGUUCAAGGCACUGUUGCUACGGCAGCAGUCUUUUGUGCCCUGCAGCAGCGUUGGACGGUUGGCCGUGGUGCUUGCGCACGCUUACCGGGUGAUGCAAUCGUUGUGGGGCCGGAAGAUACGCAAGCAUCAUACGUUUUACAACAUAUUUUCCCAGAGGCUGAACCCACACAGGUGGAACCUUCUGGUGAGUCCCAGGGCGGAGCAGACAACGUGUCAAAGGCUCCGGUGAAGGAGGUCCGUCGAUCCUCGAAAGUGAAACGUCGAUCAAUCCGCAAGCGGAGCAAUGCCGUGGAGGGCGAUGGCGGCGCCGCGACCGAGAUCGACAGGAUUGACAGCAAAGCUCCAGCCUCUUCAGAGAUGGCCGACCAAAAUCCUUGUCCGAGCUGCUGCGGCUUGACUGGCAGCCCCGCCCUUGGGAGCCUUCGGAGUCCCGGCGACAGCGAUGGCACUUCGCCCACCCGGGCGGAGAGCGAAACCUGUCCGGAGGAGCCAAAAACUCUAGAAGUGGAGGACGUGGGGCAUGGAGAGCAAAGCCCUUCGCGGCAGGCUGCAACCAGAAAGAGCUCAAACGCCUCGAUUUGCGUCUCAGAGCCACUUGCUCCCAGCGAGGUCGGUUCCAUGUCACCCUCGGAGAAGAGCCAUGCGGUAGAUGCGCCACGCACAGCUGGGCCGUGGCGCAUAGCACAGCGAUCGAGGGAGCCGACUGAGGCUCCUCCCGCAACACGGGUGAACUCGAAUGGCUCUGUCUGCGUCUCGGAGCACUUGGCACCCAGCGAGGUUGGCUCCACGACUGCCUCAGCAUCUGAGAAGACAGCGCCUUCUGAAGCUCGAAACAUCUGGCGUUCGGAGUGCGCCCAGCGCGAGCCGCCGGAGGCGGUGUGCCACUCCGACUCGGAGCCGGAGCUGCCGCUGCCGAGUCAGCAGGAGCUCGCCGAGGAGAUCAACUCGCGUUCCAAGGUGCAGAGAGGCCCAAAUAACAGUCUAUGGUGCCGUGCACAGCGUGCUUAUGCGGAGGAUUGUGCCAAGCAAUGCAGAAGACCCCAGGAAAUGGGCUGCAAUGAAGAAGGUGAUGCCCUAUGGCUCGAUUCGAGGGACUGGGCCAAGGAAGUCAAGGAAGAGAAGGAUUGGAAGUUUGCUGCAAAGCAGAAGAUUUCUCAGGCGACCGCUCCAAAGACUUCCCCUGUCUCUGGCAGGACUGCUCCUUUAGAUGGAUGGGAAGUCGAUCAACGGGGCCGCUGGUUUCGUGUCAUGGCUACAGCCUUGAGCAUCCGGCGUCGCCCGGAGGUAGAUGCGCCACUAGCAGGUGAACUUCCUUUUGGUGAGGUGUUUCAGGCGGUUUCAUCCACCGGGGAGGAUGGCUUCAGAUUCUUGGAAUUGUCUCGAGGCCGCGGCUGGGUCUUCAGCGAUGCACGGGUGCAACCUGUACUCGUGAUCGACGAUGCUGGCCAAGCGGUGACCGAGAUGCAAAAUGCAGAGAGGAGACCUCAGGCACCUGUCGAGGCCGAAGCUGAGCCCGAGCCCAGCUGCCAAUCACCCAGGAUCUCCGAGUUCAAAGCAAAGAAACCUCUUCGAACUACUGUGGAGCGGCAGAAGCCUCUGCGAGGUCGAUCUCGUGGAAGCCAGCGGCUUGGGCAGCGACAAAGCCAGGCGACCAAGGAGAUGCCCCACUCCACAGCCCCAGCGGCCCCGGCGAAGUUGGCUGAAGUGGCGCCCAAUGGCAGCGGAGGGCCUGCCAGUGAGCGAAGGCCAGCGGCGCUGGCGCGGGCUUCAACGGGCUCACCGAUCCGUGCCACGCGCGCAUGGUCCAUGGAACCCGAGCCCGUGGAACGGGCAGAGACACGAGAGCUGAAGAUAGACGCCUUUGGACCAUUACAGGCAUGGCCCCGACAGCCGGUUCGUGCGAACCACUCCUUGGCGUCGCAGUGUUUCACACCCACGUCACAAAGCUUUGGCGCUGAAGCUGAUCGAGGUUCUCGGUCGACAGAGAUUUGGACCCCCUGGAAACCCGGUGCUUGGAGACGCGCAAGGAGUGCAGAAGCACAGAAUUUUCGGACCUUCUGGGACUUCAGGACGGCUAGAGAAAACCUGGAAGAGCGCCAGAGAAUUCAGGCCGCUUUGUUGAAGGUCGCCUUGCGAGUACAUCCAGACGAUGCCGGCAUUAGGUCAACCUCGAUGCCAGCUCGGUGUCGAAACAGCCCCAAACGUUUGCAUUUGUUCGAUGAGACGAUGGUUGAUGGCCAUUGGAACAAUGUAGCCAAAAGACCACUCUCGCGUCGUUCCAGUGCGCACGACCUUUGUGACGUGCCUCCCGGGCGCCUUGGUGCUACCCGGGAGCGGCUCGGGCGAUGCCCGGGUGCACCAGUGAGUGUGGGGUAG